AUGCUUCUACCCAUUUCGAUUCUCCUCUCGCUAGUUCCCAUAGCUUCUUCUACUUUUGGUGGAUGUUGCUCCAUGGGACCUCCACCAUGUCCUCCACCUCCGCCACCGAUGUGUGCUCCUCCACCUCUUCCUUGCCCACCUCCUCCAAUCUGUCCACCACAGUUCUGCCCACCACCUCCUCCGUGUCCUCCACCACCUCCACCACCACCACCACCGAUGUGCCCACCACCACCACCUCCAAUGUACUCUCCAUGCCAAUCGUAUGCUCCAGCUCCAGUCUUCAAUCAAUACGCUAUGCAACCAGCCAACGAUUGCUGCUGUCGGUGUGGAAGUCCAUGCAGAUUCAUGGCUAGACAUAGAACACACGGAUCGAAACUGUUCACCACUGAAGAACAAGAAGAGGAUCCAACCUGCAACAGCAAGAAGCUCAGAAGAGAUUUGUCCAUUUAUAUCAAUACAACUGAAUUGUUUCAGAACAUGAACCGCGACCCAACCAUCUCAAAGAGAGCCAUCCAGAAGGCUGCCGAAGAGAAAAUGUUUGGAAAAUUCAACGUGAUCUGCGCCAAGGGAGACUUCUCCUACGUCGCCUAUACCGAGACCUACUGUCAGGUGGCUAACGACGACGUCACCUGCUACGCCUUCAGACCGAUGUAA